AUGGACGACGACGACGAGAAGAAGAAGAAGAAGAAGAAACAAAUAACGACGCUGGAUUGGACGACGGUGAUUGCCAUCCAAUCGUGCUCGUUGAUUUCCAUCAUGUCCUCCACGUUCAUCUUCUCGACUGGGAUAUUCAUGGUGAAGAAUUUCGACAGAAACAACGUUAAAGAAGACGAGGCGAAAGCGGCGUUGAGAUGCGGGUUAUUGAUUGCCUCGAAACCGUUUUUUAGCGCGAUGAGCAGUUAUAUGUGGGGGCGUUCGGGGGAUAGGAUUGGGUUCAAGUUUAAUAUUUUGGUGUCGGUGAUAUUCGUAGCCGCGAUUAACUUGGCGUUUGGUUUCGCCGAGACGUACACGCAAGCGGUUUGGGUGAGGAGUUUGAGCGGAUUUUUCGACGGGAUUGUCGUUUUAGUGAAACCGUCGUUAUCGUUGAUUUCGGAUAAGACGAAUGCGAACAGGGCGUUCGGUACGACGGGUCUGGCGUACGGGUUAGGAACAUCGAUCGCGCCGGCGAUUGCGAGUUUUUUAGCGUUUCCGUGCACUUCUUGGAAGAUGUACGAUACAAAAAACGAGGGCGGGAAAGAGUGUCCGGCGCUGUUCGAGAAGUACCCGUUCGUGUUAUCGUCGUCUUGGAUUACCAUCGUCGCCGUUCCCGCGUUCGUAUUUGCGCUCGUUUGUAUGAAGAUUGUGCCACCAACUAGAGCAGCAGCAGCAGUAGAGAAUAGCAGUAGAGAAGAUAUAGAGAAAGCGAACGGCUUUUCGAUAUCGUUCGAGAUGGUCGAGACGGGGAAAUUGAAUCAAAGCAUACCAGAGGUAGAAGAAGAAGAAGAAGAAGAAAAAGAAGAAGAAGAAUCGGAAUCAGAGUCUGGCGGGGAAAAUGACAAGUUAGUUUCGAUACCUCUCAUCGACGAUGAUUCCGAUGAUUUUGAUGAUUCCGCCGAACACGCGGUGGAAACAGUUAAGUUAAUUCAAGAGAAAGACUCGUCGUCGUCGUUUUCGGAGAUACCCAUGACGACUUCUACGACGACGACGACGGAUGCAUCGUCGUUUCCUUCUACGAAGACUGGACGAGACCGAACGAGCAUUUGGAUCCUAUUGAAAGACGAAGACAUUUAUCAAGCCAUUUCGCUACAGAUUAUGGUCACCAUGAAUGUUUUAACCGGGACUGAAAUCACUCCGAUUUGGCUCGCCACGUCUAUCGAAAACGGUGGAUUAGGAUGGAAGACGCAAGAUAUUGGCGUUUUCGGGACCGUCAUGGGAGUGACAAUCAUGUCCUUUCAAUUGUUCGCGUUCGUUAAAUUAACCGACAAAUACGGCAUCGUAAGACUCGUCACUUGGGCGCUCUUUCUCAGCGCCUUGGUGUAUCCGUGUCACUCCAUCGCCAACUCCAUCGCUCGCGUCUCCAAACCGGGCGCGUGGGCCAUGGUCGUUUCUUUGGGUAUGAUUCGAGGAUCUUUAGGUCCAAUCAUGAUGGGCGGCAUAUCCUUAAUCGUCAACAAUGCCGCGCCGAGAGAGUCUCUCGGCGUCGUGAACGGGUUUGCCGGCACUUUUAGCAACCUUUCCCGAGCGUUGGCCCCGUUAGUCGGCGGUUCUCUCAUCGCCGUCAUGGCGUCUUCGCCGAAAGAUGCGUUCAUGCGUAACUGGUAUCCGUUCUUAGGGUUAGGUUUCUUCUUCUUAGUUUUGGGUUGGUAUUCCAUGAGACUGAGUCGACGGUUGGACGUUCCCCGAAUGCAUUAA